AUGCGUGAUAUAGCUGGAUCAGCAAUCCUGCCAUCGGAUUUCGCUAGUCCCAAUGCUACAGAAUGCUUGGAACUAUCACGUCAAGUAUGCAAAUUUAGUUCCGAACUUGAGGAGUGUGUAGUAAAUCAAGUGAAUCUACAAGACAUACUAGCCAUCCGUAAUAGCUACUUUAAGAAAAGCAGCGUUUAUAGAGAUGUAUUGCCGACCAAAGAUCUGAACACCAUUGAUGGGCAGUAUACAUUACUAGGGUGUGCCAGGUUAUGUGGGAUCCAUACCUAUUGCUCAACAUUUUUCUACAAGCCAUCGACGAAGACAUGUAUUCUUUACAAAUACUUUUUGUGGAAAUUUACUGCUACCGUACAGGAAAUGGGAAUGGGAAUCUACGAGAUGAACCUAUGUCCGAUUCCGGACUUCGUAUUGAAUAGAGAGGGUGAUAUUUGUCUGAAAAUUUUUCCAACUACACAUCUCACAUCGGACUACUCAAGCACAAUAUGUGGACAGUUUGGUGGAUCACUAAUAUCACUGGACAGUGACCAGAAGAUUGAGUUCUUAAGGGCAUUUGUUCUUCAAAAUCGUGAGUCACAAGAAUAG